AUGCUCGCAGGUCUGCGCAACGGCAAGCUCCUGCGUCUGGCGCUAGGAUAUGAAGCGCCCAAAGGCGCCGGCUCAAAGCGACAGUAUCGAGUUCUGAUGCUGAUCGAGCCCAACGGCGUCGAGGUGCAGGCGUACACCGGGCACCCCUCGACGUUUUCUCUUACACUCCCCGUGGCCGUCGAGCCGCGCCAUCGCUUGCUGGCCGCCGCCGGCGAGGAUGGCGUCGUGCGCAUCUGGUCACUGGACCAUGCACUGCCUCUCUCCGGCGCAGCGGCGGCAUCCACAGCCACGGCGGCGGGCGCAGGCGUGCUUCGCGGCCCCGGCACGUACGAGGCUGGCGCCCCCCUGCGCAGCCUGCGCGGCGUCACGGCGCUCGUGUGGCUCGGCGCCCUGCCGCGCCUGGCGGUGGCCGUGGGGCCGCGCCUGCUGUACUUUGACUGA